AUGGCCUCUUUUUUCUUUCGCUUCCCUGCUGAGCAGACGGACGACUUCGUCAACUCGAAUGCACCCAACGUGACCAAGGUCCUGGCCGUGGCGGCCGUAGACACAUUGCGUUGGGCCACAGAUGGCGCGCAAAAGUUUGGCAUCAAGUGGCCCAACGAUGUCGUCGUGGCAGGUGGCAAGAUCGGGGGCAUCCUCGCUCGAGCCGUACCUGUCCGAGGACGACUGGACGGCAUCAUCGUGGGCAUUGGUAUCAACGUCAACACCUCGCCAGCUGACUUAGAUGCUAUUGCUCGGCCGGUGUGGCCGGCAACGUCGCUGCGGGCGAUCUGUGGCCACGACUUCGACGUUGCAGGGAUUCGGCGGCGUUUGCUUGGCACAUUUGCGCUGGAGCUCCAAAGGUUCUUUCUCGCUGGCUUUGCCAUUUUGCGAGAUCGAGUAAAUGGCUUUGAGGUCCUACUCGGCAGUGAGGUUUGGUUUCGAGUCCACGAGUCAGAAGAGCCGGUCCGUUGCAUCUUCGAGGGCAUCCAGGAGAAUGGGCUCAUUCUGCUGCGGCUGGACAGCGGGGAGCUGAAGGCGUUUCCUUCGGGCGAGAUUGUCCCGGGCCCGGGCGCUACCAAGCCAGACGCGAGCUGA